AUGGCGGCGACGGUGCCGCCCGCGAACGAGGAUCCCGGUCAACCUGACUUGCCCGCCGCUGACCAGGUUGACAGCGACCUCGACGCGGAGGGAGAAGAGGAGACCGACCUUUAUGGGAUGGAUCAACAGCUUCAAGAUGCCGUACACCGCGCAUUUUCCAGAGAGGUGGAUGGAGACAAUGGAGACAGCGAGGCAGAUGCCACGGCCGCCCGUGUAAGGAGUCAACAAAACGGUGGCGACGAUGAGACAGAACCCGUUGGGGCAGUCAAGGUGCCAGAAGAUGAAUCAUCUGGGGAUGAUGAAGAUGCCGACGGAGAGUCCGAAAAUGCCGAGGGCGAGGGUGACCCCGCAUUUGAGGAUGAGAAUGACCGAGAGGCAUCUGAAUCUAGCGAGUCUGAAUCAGAAGCAGAGGACUGGGAGGCCGAAAGCAAUGGACACGAGGACGGAGAUGCUGAAAUUCGCAGCCGCACGGAUUGCAUUUUCUGUGGCCAGGAUGAAGAGCACGAUCCAGGCGAAGAUUUUGAAGAAUGGCUGACUUGCGCUGUCUGUGGCGAUCACUCUCAUCGACAAUGCGCGCGAGAACAAGAAGCAUGUAAUGAUACAGAGGAUCAUUGGAAAUGCCCCUCCUGCGUUCAAAACAAACUAGAACCUGAUCCGGUGGAAAGUCCCUCUCAAGUGAAAUCCGGGCAGUCACACCUGCCUAAAGAGCUUCUCCCGGCGCAUGUGGGGAAAGAAGGAUCUGAUUUUCACUCAAUAUUUGACACCGGAAUCAGUGAAGAGGUGUUGAACAGUUCCCGCGCACUACGAAAACGAAAAGCAUCAUCAGCAGAAGCCGAGGAACAUACCCCUGUGCUUCGAAAGCGACGUCGCCAAACAGAUCACUCAGAUUCCAACGACCUCCCUGGGGACGCGGAGAUGCUGGACGACUCUCAGCCACGUCCUUUGCGAGCGCGUCGGACACGUGGAGUUGAACGAGAACACGCACGUGUCGUGACCAAACAAUAUGGCAAACUCAUCAUAGCAUUCCGAUUGGAUGAAGGGAGGGUGAACCGCAUAUUAAACACCCAAAGUCAACCACAACGCAAGAAGAAGAAAGCACCAAAACCUCCACCCGUACAUCAUGAACCUCAAGCCCAUUUCGCCCCUAUCCCUCCUGCCCCGUACAACCAUUUCACACCUUUCCACGACCGUGACAGCGAUGACUCCAAGUCCAAGCCGUACGGUGGUAUCUUAUCCGAAGUUGACGCAGAUACAUCGAAGACGCUCCCCUCACAGCUGGACCGUGACAAAUUUGAAUCGGCCCGACAGAAAGCCGAGGAAGAAUGGCAGCGAAGAGUUCGAGAAGCAGAGCUCAAUGGCGAAGUCACUACAACCUCAAAGGUGUCCGGUCCGCCCUCAAAGAUCAAGUACAUCAACUUUGGUGGUUAUGAGAUUGAAACCUGGUAUGCCGCCCCAUACCCAGAAGAGUACAGUCGCAACCGUGUGCUCUACAUUUGCGAGUUUUGCCUCAAAUAUAUGAACUCGGACUAUGUAGCUUGGCGGCACAAGCUCAAAUGCCCUGCCAAACACGCACCCGGUGACGAAAUCUAUCGUGAUGGCUCGAUUUCAAUCUUCGAGGUAGAUGGCCGGAAGAACCCAGUCUACUGCCAGAAUUUGUGUCUUCUGGCCAAGCUCUUCCUCGGAUCUAAGACCCUUUACUACGAUGUUGAGCCAUUCUUAUUCUAUGUCAUGAGCGAGUACGAUGAUCUUGGAUGCCAUUUUGUGGGUUAUUUCAGUAAGGAGAAGAGGCCAAGCUCCGCGAACAACGUCUCAUGCAUUCUCACCCUCCCUAUUCACCAACGCAAAGGCUACGGCAAUCUCCUGAUCGAUUUCUCAUACCUUUUGACACGCAUCGAGGGCAAAAAUGGGUCGCCCGAGAAGCCCUUAUCCGAUAUGGGUCUGGUCUCCUAUCGCAAUUACUGGCGUCUGAUUUUAUCAUACCAACUCCGUGACUUGAAGACACCCGUUAGCAUCGCAGAUCUUUCCGACCGGACAGGAAUGACAGCAGAUGAUAUUGUGUCCGCCCUUGAGGGCCUUCGAGCUUUAGUUCGGGACCCUAUUACAAAAACUUACGCUUUCCGCCUGGAUAAUAAGUACUUUGAAGAAGUCAUCCAGAAGUGGGAAAGCAAGGGCUAUGUCACACUAAAUCCUGACGCAUUGCUGUGGACUCCGUACGUCAUGGGUCGCAAUAAUCAGUCCCAGUUUGAUCGCGCCCCUAUGCAUGCUGUUGCGCCUCGGGAGGAUCUUGAUGAUGAAGAUGAAGAUGCCGAGAUGAAAGAUGUGGAUGAUGGAGAUGAGGUACCAGCCAUGAAUGGUCAUGCUGAUGGUCUUGGGGAACCGGCUGGGCCACCAUCCACCGCUCUUCGGCAACCCAAUGGAGUGCAUCCUCCCCAUGAACCGGCUACUCCAGCUCCUCCACCUGCCGCCGGCAUUCCUCCUUCUCGGUUCGAGCUCUGGCCCCCGGUUCAUAUUCCUCCCGCCGGUCGUCGCAAACCCGGUCGCCCGAUGGGCAGUAGGCUUGGAAACGGUCGGGCAUCUAUGACGCCAACAACGGUGCGCACGAGUGGUCGCAACACCCCACGGAGGCCAUCUGGGCUCCCGGCAGUCACACCAUCUGUCAGCCGUCGCGGGCGAAGUAAGCUGACUGGUUCUCCGGCUGUCGAGGACACCCCUUCCCAGCCAAAUGGUAUCGAUGCAGAUGCAGAUGUGGACGCUGAUGGGGAGCCGGAUGACACGAUUGAAGAGCCCGUUGAAGAUGCAGUGGAAGAACCGAUAGAAGAAGAGGCAGUCGUUGACGCAGUUAUCGACGAGCUAGUCGACGAAUCACCCGAGGUCGAUGACAGUGCCGAGCAAGUCAACGGUGACGAAUCUCCCGAAGAAGCCAUCGAAACAAAUGGCGUCGAUCAUGAGUCUGAAGCCGAGGCCAAUUUUGGUCCCGAAUCUAGACCCGAGUCAGGUCUUGCACUUGAGCCUGAGCCCAAGCCCGAGGCUCCGAAGACUCCAGAGAAGAAACCGAAGUCAAACUCACGAUCACCGGAGACGGCAACUUCCCACCGCUCGAGGCGAAAGCAUUCCGACAACCUCCAUAAUAAAACCCCGACUUCGGUCAGCCGCAAGGCCUUGGUCGAAAAAAUCCAAGUUGUGGUUCCCGAGCCUAGUUCGGUUCGAAGCAGCGCCAAGAAAAGUGCUCCUGUCACGAACGGUUUGAGCCCUGACAUCGAUGCAGAAGGCGAGGAUGACCCUGAUGCGGACGGGGAAUACGAGGUGGACGGCGACAUGGUAAUGGAGACAUGA